UCCCAUUUCUGUGUUACACAGGAAGUAGCACGGAUGUAAUUUGAUGCUGCGCUUGGCCGUCUUCCGGUCUCUUUUCCCACGGCCACCGAACGAAAAUGACCAAGGGGACAUCAUCUUUCGGUAAACGCCGAAACAAGACGCACACUUUGUGCCGUCGCUGUGGAGCCAAGGCUUAUCACCUGCAGAAGUCUUCCUGCGGCAAGUGUGGCUACCCCGAAAAGCGCAAGAGAAAGUACAACUGGAGCGCUAAGGCCAAGAGGAGGAACACCACGGGGACCGGUCGUCUGAGACACCUGAAGGUUGUCUACCGCAGAUUCAGAAAUGGUUUCCGGGAAGGUACCACGCCCAAACCCAGACGUGCUGCAGUGGCCGCCUCCAGCUCAUCCUAAAUGACACAUUUUUUGACUAAAAUAAAUUGGAUGUUAAACAGGA